CCGCCAUGAUUGUUAGUGGCAGUGAAGCCUGAGUGAGGAGGAGGAGCAGCAGCGGAGGCUCGGUCAGAGUGAGUCCGGCUCAGAGUGCGUGUUGUCCGGGGAGAGUCAUGGUCCAGACGUGCUCAGCCUACGGAUGUAAGAACCGAUACCACAAAGACAAAGAUGUCUCCUUCCACAAGUUUCCUCUGGCGCGUCCAGAUGUUUGUGGGAAAUGGGUGGCAGCGAUGAGGAGGAACAACUUUAAGCCGACGAAGUACAGCAACAUCUGCUCACAGCAUUUCACAGAAGACUGCUUCAAGAGAGAGUGCAACAACCGAGUGUUGAAGGAGAACGCUGUGCCGUCACUUUUCACCUUCAGCCUCAGCAUCAAGUCGGAGUCUCUGGAGACUCCGUUCCCCUCAGAGAUCCACUUCCCUCUCUCUCUGCCGCUGACAUCUGACCCAGUGGAGGAGGAGCCUGAGCCUGGGAGGAGCCGGCACGACACCCGUGGCGACACUAUGGUGGUGUCCUGCGACCACAACUACACGGCGGAGGACUCGGUGAGGCAGAAGAGGCGCAUCGAGCAGCUGGAGGAUCAGCUGGAGCGUCUGAGGAAGAAGCUGAAGACGACACAGCAGAAGUGUCGGCGGCAGGAGCGACAGCUGAAGAGGCUGAAGGCCGUUUGCAAGGCCCCCAGGACCGCGUGUGAGGCGCCGGCAGCGUUUGGCGAGGGAUAUGUGGUUUUACCCAAACAAAUGUACCAGACCCUCCGAGGCAUCGAGUGAUGAGGAGGGGUAAAAAUCAGAUGAGAGUUAGAUUGUGCUGCAGGUUCAGCUUUGGGACUGUGAGCAGACACAGAAGCUGCUGAGCAGAAAACUGAAGGAGUCGACAUUUAGGAAGAACAAAGCAGGACGUGGAUAAAACAAACUCCUGACGUCCAUUUCUUCUUUUACUCCUGUUUUCUGUUGCAGUGAAAAUGAGACACUGGUGCAGUGACUCUGCAGAAUUAUCUGAUGAUGAUCAAGAAUCACAGACUGUUAAUAAAAGAUCAUAAACCUCCAUGUUAGCAGAUGUCAAAGAUGUUUCUGUCAUUUCAUCACUGAUGUUUGUUCAAGUGUUUCUGAUCAGUUUGGUUUGAAUUAGUUAUUUGAUGAUAUAUAAACAGGCUGACACGUCAUGAUUGACAGCUGACACGUCAUGAUUGACAGCUGACACGUCAUGAUUGACAGCUGACACUGUGUCAGGAUUGGUUGAGAACAUCUAUCAACAGGACUUUGACACCACGGCUCCACGAUCACUCCUGCACAAACUGACUGUAAAUGACGUCAUCACCACAAGAUGUCAGCGUUAAUAUCUGAGAUAUUUUGACUUAAAGGUUCAGUGUAAGAUUGAAUUGAAUU